AUGGCCGAUUAUGGAAUUCGGAUCAUCCGAAUUGUCGAGAUAAUGGGCGUUUAUUACACCUUCAUACUCAGCGAACGGCCGCGACGACAGACUCAUGGGGACGCACAAGAGAAGCUCUCCCAACAAGGGCUUCUUAGCUCGAGCGCACAAGCUUUGCUCUUCGUCACUGUGAUCUAUGCUGCCGUGAUUGCUCUGCUUUCGGUUCCCUUUAUCCAGAGGCAUGUGGCCUAUGAGCAUUGGAUCACUGAGCCAUGGCAUCGAACAUUCGACGUCCCGGAGAAAUAUGGUCUUGCGCCUGGCAAGACACUCGACCUGAAGGUCCAUACCUCCGACAAUGUCACCCUUGGGGCAUGGUUCAUGCUUGCCGAUCCUUACUACCAGAUUCUUCGUGUAUCCUCACCAGAGCCGCUCUCACAACCAUCUAUCGCGACCAUAGAAGACGCGAUCAAAUCCCGUCCAACCAUCCUCUACUUUCACGGCUCAGCCGGCUCUCGCUGUACCACCUGGCGCAUCCAGCACUACCUCGCCUGGACAGCGCGCCUCAAUGCAAACAUCUUCGCAAUCGACUACCGUGGCUUUGGCAACAGCGAAGGGUCGCCAUUCGAAGAUGGCAUCAAGCUCGACUCUUACGCCGCCUGGGACUGGCUCAUGGACCAUGGGGCGAAGCCGGAGGAUGUGCUGGUACUUGGGCACAGCCUCGGGACGGGUGUUACUGGCAAGCUAGCGUCGCGUCUGGCGCGCGAGGGCGUCAAACCAAGGGGUGUAGUGCUCCUUGCGCCGUUCUCAAGUCUUUCGAUACUGCUAGAGACCUAUGAGAUAUGGGGAUUCCCUCUGCUGCAGCCGUUGCAGAGUUUCGCGCUGGGACGCAAAAUUGUAAAGAGACUGGCCAGCGAGUUGUACGACACACUAUCUGUCAUCCACGAAUUCAACGUGCCCACGCUGAUCGCACACUCGACGGACGAUAUGGACAUCCCACACUCGCAUGCCAGAACUCUCGUAGACAAAUUGCUAGACCCUCUCCUGCCUGCCGACUUCCCUCUCCCCGACAUGCCCGGCGCGCCCGUCUCGCACGAGCACUUCCAGGCUUUCAUGGAAGCACAACAGAAGCGCAAGGAGGCGCGUACCGCCCUCGUGCGUAAGGUCGACGUGCCCGCCCUCGGCACGAUUGAGCAGUUCGACGGGACGUUCGGGACGGUGGUGUACGUGGAGACCAAAUGGGGGGCACAUAGCAAGGUUGGUUUGCAGGAGGGUGUGCAGGAUAUUAUCGCGUCGACAUUCAAAUUGGGCGUGCACGCGUGAGGCGGUCUAACAGCUCUCAACUCUAGAUCUGCCCCUGCACUGCACUCGGAGAAUACACUA